AAGCGUCCGCCGGAAGUGAGGAGGACAGGAGCGUGAUGGCGGACGACGCGAUAAAAACGGAUGUGCAGCUGCCUGCGGCCACAGACCUCAAGAAACCUCGUCUAAAGAAAGCUCCUGAGCUCCCAAUUCUGGAGAGGAGAAACUGGCUUAUACAUCUGCAUUACAUCCGCAAAGAUUAUGAGACCUGCAAGGCCAUUAUUAAAGAACAGCUGCAUGAAACUCAAGGCAUGUGUGAAUAUGCUGUGUAUGUACAAGCUCUGAUCAUGCGGUUAGAAGGGAAGAUCCAGCAGUCUCUGGAGUUGUUUCAGAGUUGUGCAAUCCUCAACCCCAAAAGCUCAGACAACCUCAAGCAAGUGGCGCGAUCACUUUUCCUAUUAGGGAAGCACAAAGCUGCUAUCGAGGUUUAUAAUGAAGCAGCGCGUCUCAAUCAGAAAGAUUGGGAGAUCAGCCAUAAUCUGGGCAUUUGCUACAUCUACACCAAAGACUUAAGAAGUGCAGAAGAGCAGUUAAACUUGGCAUUACAGCUGAAUAAACACGAUCUGACCUUCAUGAUGCUGGGAAAAAUCCACGUACUGCAGGGGGACACGGAGAAAGCCAUCGACGUCUACAAGAGCGCUGUGGAGUUUUCUCCUGAGAACACGGAGCUGUUGACCACGCUGGGACUGCUCUACAUGCAGCUUGGGAAAUACCAGAAAGCCUUCGAGCACCUCGGGAACGCUCUGACAUACGACCCCAAUAACUUCAAGGCCAUCCUCGCGGCCGGCAGUAUGAUGCAGACUCAUGGAGAUUAUGACGUGGCCAUGAACAAGUAUCGUGUAGCGGCUUACGCUGUCCCCGAGAGCCCCCCGCUCUGGAAUAACAUCGGCAUGUGCUUCUUCGGCAAAAAGAAAUACGUUGCUGCCAUCAGCUGUCUGAAGAGGGCCAACUAUCUGUCUCCGUUUGAUUGGAAGAUCCUGUAUAAUCUGGGUUUGGUUCACCUCACCAUGCAACAGUACGCGUCAGCUUUCCACUUCCUGAGCGCCGCCAUCAACCUGCGGCCACGCAUGAGCGAGCUCUACAUGCUUCUGGCCGUUGCCCUGACCAAUCUGGAUGACGCGGAUAACGCCCGCAGGUCUUACGAACAGGCGGUUCAGCUCGAUGAGUCAAACCCGCUGGUGAACCUGAACUUUGCGGUGUUCCAGUAUAAUCAGGGCGAUAAGAAGGCCGCCCUGCAGCAGUUCCAGGAGAUGGAGAGGAAAGUCAACGCUCAGGUUGAGAAUGACAGCAACACAGAGUUUGACCCUGAGAUGGUUGAAAUGGCUCAGAAAAUAGGCACUGCUCUACAGGCGGGUGAGAACCUGUACUGGAGCAAACCAGGCAAAGACGGCAAGACCAGCCACCGGUCCUCCUCCUCCAGCAAAACCAGCAGCUCCCAGCAGCCCCUGGGCACCAACCAGGCCCUGGGUCAGGCCAUGUCUUCAGCCGCAGGCUACAGCAAGAGCAUGCAGAUCUCCACAGUGCCCGAAGCGGAUGUGAGCAUCGCCCCGUCUCCCCCUACAGUCACUCCCGGAGACCCUGAGGAUGAGGAUGAACCCGACAAACUCACAGAGAAGAAGAGUAAACCCAAAGCAGUGGCUGAGUAGAGCUCAAACUACAUCU